AUCCUGAUACUCCAUAUGAUUAUUGUUUUCAUUAUUGUAUUCAUUCGUAGAGCGGUGCAGCUAGGCGAGGGGGAAGGAGGUGAUGUUAGCAACCGCGAGGGGGAGGAAUCUUCGAGAACGUCGCCGUCGCGGUUCGCGCGUGCGCGCAUUGCUCCGCCUCGCCGCCGGUCCGGUCGCAGUUUAGGUUACACAACGUGCACGAGUUCUCUCUCAAGCGUGCGUUCGCCGCCGGUUUCGCACUUCGACCGACUCGGUGACUGCAAAGGGAUCGCGACCAUGGCUGCUGCCAAUGCUGUGAAGAGGCUGAUUCCUCUUUUUGACAGAGUCCUCAUACAAAGGGCCGAGGCUAUUACCAAAACAAAAGGUGGUAUUGUACUGCCAGAGAAAGCUCAAGCAAAAGUCCUGCGAGGCACAGUCAUUGCCACAGGUCCUGGAGCGAGGAACGAUAAAGGAGAGCACGUGCCUUUAAGCAUCAAGAUCGGAGAUGUCGUGUUACUUCCCGAAUACGGCGGCACGAAGGUUGAACUUGAGGACAACAAGGAAUACCACUUGUUCCGCGAGUCGGAUAUAUUAGCCAAAGUAGAGGUUUAAUUCGUUGAAUUUAAGUUACGUUUCCAGUUUUAUAUAAAUGCUAUAUAAGUUCUUCUAGAACUUCAUGAACUAGCAGCAAAAAAUAUGUAUACAGAGUAUAUGUUUUACAUAAUAUAAUUGCAAGUUAUUCGUUUAGCUCAAUAAAGACCUAAUUUUUUCAAAGAAUCUGUUGCUGCUAAAAUGCCAUUGUUUCUUACUGUACAUGUACAUACAUUUUUCUGAUAAAAUAAAGCGUUUGUCUAUUGUA